AUGACCAAUUCAGCCGUGCUAUUUUUCUACGGUUACGAAUUAUCCUCCUAUUCUUUGAAAAUCCGCAAUAAAAUAUUAAUCAAUUUCGAGAGAAUAUUGAGUGAAUCGCAGUUCUCUCGAAGCUCGACGCCAGAAUCGAUUAUCCUGCACGAAUUUUUAAUGUCACGGCAAGAUGGCAAUGAUGAUAUGCAAUUUGAUAACGAAUCAGCUUUAUCGAUUCAUACGCCAGUUGGUCUUCACUGCCCAUUAGUUGAACUAUUGGCUUUGACAGAUAGUGAGAAAAAUAGCGCAGUCCAGGAUGAGAAAAAUGAACCAACACCUAAACAAGACCCACAGGACUACAAUGCGGAUUUAUAUCAAGAAAAAAAAGAACUGAUUGCUCGAUUUCAUUCGGAUUUAUCAAAUCCGAAUUUAAGAAAGCGAUUGGACGAAAUUCAACUUGAAAUUCUUAAAAGACGAGAAAAUAAAGUUAAAAAUUUAGUUCAGGAAAGAUUCAAUGAAAUUCUUGAUGAACUGGACAAUGAAUUAAAAGAAAAGAAUAAGCCUAUAAAUUCCGAGAACAAUGAAAAUCGAAAACGUACUCAUGAAAAUGACGAUGAUGAUCUAGAAGUUAGAACGCAGCAAAAUAAAAAACAACGAAUACAAGAAUUUUUGUCCGUUAAAAAUAAAACUGAUUAUUUGAUAACACCUAGAUCAUCAUUUCAUGGGUCAAUACCAGAAACUCAGAAUCUUGUCCGCGACAACAGAAUAACCACGGAGCUUGAUAAUGAGUCCUCUACGCCACCUGGCUCACCUACCAAGGAAAAAUUUUCAGAAGCUUCUGAACCAAAUCAAUUAAGUUCGACCCAGGAUGAUCAUAAUUCAGAAGAAAUUAAUGUCCCCGUCGUCAUAACUGAACAAUCUUCGAGUGACCCGAUUAAAAAGUAUUACAAUUCGCCAAUGGGAUUGUAUAGGGACGAAUAUGGCAUGGAUAUUCGUAUCCCUUAUCUCUAUCAUUUUAGAUAUUUUCAUAAUGAAAUACCAUACAUUCUUGAUCGAACAUUUAUGACUAGAAUUGAAUUGCUAGCAUCAAAGAGAGAUGCUGAAAUUCAACAUUUUUUCAGGGAAUGUGGUGUUAAAGUAGAUGGAUUAAAAGCGAAAUGGAUUGUUGCACCAUGCGAGUUUUAA